CUGGCACAUGCUGCGAUACCCCUCGGCGAUCCACCACCAAGAACUCCAACUCACCGCGUCCUCUCUCUAUCUCACACACACACACACACACACGAUCUGCUGAAUCCAAACUGUACAAAUCUCUCUCUGCUUCUCCAAAGCCAUUUUUGUGACUUGGAAUUCCGAUUACGGCUAGGGAUUGGGUUAGAGCUGUUUCCAUGUUGACUAACGGAGGAGGAGGCCGAUUCUAUUGGGUUCGAAAGGAUGAGUCGAGCUCAAAGGUCAAAGGAAUCGUCGUAAUAUUCGCUUGGGUUUCAGUUCAAGAGAGUCACUUGAAGAAUUACGUGAAUCUCUAUUCAUCUCUUGGAUGGAACUCUCUUGUUUGUCUCUCCGAUUUUCUCAAUCCAUUCUUUCCUGAGAGGGCCACAUCGCUUGCAUUUUCUCUUCUAAAUGAGCUUGUCGAGGAGCUAAGGAGUAGGCCUUGUCCUUUAGUUCUUGCAGCCUAUUCUGGUGGCUCAAAGGCUUGUUUGUAUAAGGUUUUUCAGAUUAUUGAAGGAGCUUGUGAAGCACAGCUCAAUCUGGAUGAUAGACGAUUGGUUACAAACUGCAUCUCUGGGCAAAUCUACGAUUCUAGUCCAGUUGAUUUUACUGGUGACUCGGGUGCCCGAUUCUCUCUACACCCCACCAUUCUCCGAAUGCCUGGCUCAGCAAAACUAGUGUCAUCAGUGGCAAAAGUUGUUGCUUCUGGUCUGGAUGCCCUAUUCCUAACUAGAUUUGGGUCCCAGCAUUCUGAGUAUUGGCAGGCUCUUUACUCCUCAGUAAGUUUGGGUGCUCCGUUUCUCAUUUUAUGCUCAGAGAAUGAUGACCUCGCUCCAGUCUCCACCGUAUGCAGUUUUGCUCAGCGUUUGCAAGACCUGGGUGGACAUGUUAAACUUGUGAAAUGGAAUGGCUCCUCUCAUGUAGCUCAUUACAAGCAUUAUCCGAUUCAGUAUAGAGCUGCCAUGACUGAUCUGCUUGAGCAGGCAAUUUUAGUUUUCUCCCAGAAAAUGAAAGUACUUGGAGAAAGAACUUGCAUGGAAGGUUUGCAUGAUGAAAUGUGUGACUUGAUUUGUGACCUACAGAAUGCAGCAGUUGACUCGAACCAGAGCCUUAGAAGAGUUGCACAAGGGCCAAAUGACCACUUUUUCUUGCCAAGUUCCGCAGAUCAUCAAAAUGUUAGAGACUCUGGAUCUUUACAAGAUGAUCGGAAAGAGAGAUCCACCUAUUCGCCAAACCUGCCAAAUAUAAGUGCGCAUAGUAUUCUUGGUGAAAUUCUCUUUGAUGCUUGUGUUCCCAAGAAUAUUGAAGGGUGGGAUAUCAAAUUCUCUGGUUCAUUGAAUGGGCACCCAUUUGCUUCUGCUCGUAAGCAUUCCCCUCUAAAUGCCAUCAAAUGCAUUCGCCGCUCAAGGUUAUGAAACUUGUUAUAACUGUGGGUAAUCUUGGAAAUCAAUUGACAAGGAUGGAUCGGGUGCUUCUGUGCUAAAUUAAAUCCCAAAUAUUGCCUCCAAGAUGCUGAAGAAAAUUAACCAAUGAUAGGAGAUUUUUGACUGCUUUGAUGGUUCGAGUUUGUGGCAUCAAGUGUACAGGUAGAAUGAAGAAACAUUGUAUGUGCAGAGAGUGAUGUGUGUGUUUGAAGGAUGUUCAUCCCUUAAUCCGUUGAUCUGACGGGCUACAAGUAGUUUACGUUGUAAGGUAUUAGUAAUCGAUGAGUAUGUUAUGGUGUACAGUCAUCGUAUCCGAAAGAAGUGAGUAGAUCAGUGUUGGACUUCUGCAUAAAUAUGGUUGUUGAUAAGAGUGUGUUGGCUACGGGAAAUGUUGUACAGUAGCGCCUGCCAAGGAUCUCUACCCCCUUCCUUGCUUUUUUCUCUCUCUCUCUUGUGCUGUAAAAUCUUAUUUCUUAUCUACUGUGGAUAUUGUACUGUUUAUGUUAAUUAUGAAGUAGAAUUAACGGUCAAUAGUAACCUGUGUCUUAACCUGGUGUAUGUGAGGCUACUAAGAAGUAGAUGUAAUAGUUGGAUGGAUAUCACCACCAACCGCCCUCAUUUAACUUGAAGUGCUAACAGCCAAUUAGGAUGAGCUGCAAA